AUGGAAUUGGAAAAAUAUAUAAAUGAAUUAAUAUUGGAUAAUGUACGAUAUUUUGAACUUGUAAAGAUAACAAUUCACACAUCUAUAAGAAAAUCAUAUAUAAUAAUUGGAGAUAAAAAUAUUUAUUUUACAACUUGUGAUUUAUCAAUUUUAAAAAAUGGAAGAAUAAAUUAUUCUACAAUUAAUGAUAUUAUUAUUAAUUGUGGUAUUAUAACUAUUAAAUUAUAUCAAAAUCUUUUAAUACCACAAAAUAAUAUAAUUAAUACAUUAAAUGGGUCCAAUAAUAUAACCAAUGGGACCUCUGUAAAGGAUAUAACUAAUGGAAUUCAUAUCCCAGGAAAGGGAGAUACUAGUACUCUGGGAAAGGGAGAUACUAGUACUCUGGGAAAGGGAGAUACUAGUACUCUGGGAAAGGGAGCUAAUUCUAUGGGUAUGAAGUGUACUACUAAUGAUCCUACUGGACCAAGCACCGUAACUGAAGGAAAGGUAGAGAAAUAUAUAACUAAUGUCUCUUCUAAUAUAAAUAAUAUAAAGAAUGAAUCGAAUAUUGGUAUAUAUGAAAUAAUAAUUGAAUCACCAGAUUAUAUGAAAUUAUAUAAUAAUUUAAUAAUAUCAAGAAAUACAUUUAAUAUAUUAAAAAAUUAUCAGAUUCUUGAAAAUAAUAUAAAAAUUGAUUAUAAAAAUAAUUUUUUACCAUUUUACAAAUAUAAAAAAAUAAUUAUUGAUGAUUAUUAUAUUUUUUUAAAAAAUACAUAUAAAGUUACAACAUUAAAUGGUAAAAAUUAUAAAAAAUAUGAAGAUGAUAGAGGAAUUGAUAUGACAAUUAUUAUAUAUGAUUCUAAAUUUAUAAAUAAUUCAACUUAUAAUAUUUAUAAUACAACCAGAAAAUUUCUACCACAUCACAAUACUAAUACCAAUACUAAUACUAAUACUAAUACUAAUACUAAUACUAAUACUAAUACUGGUAUUAAGGAUACUAAUGGUAAUACUGUUGGUACUACAGUGUGUAGAAUAAUUUAUGAUGAUUAUUAUUUUAAAAAAAUGAAUCUUAAUUGUGAUAUUUCCAAAUGGUUAUAUAUUCCACCAUUACUUGAUAAAUAUCAAGAUAUUGAAAUAACAUUUAAAUUAAAGAAUAAUUUGAAUAUAUUUAAUGAAUUUAAUGUUAUUGUAAAUUCAUUAACAUCAUCAAAUAAUACAUUUUUCAUUGAUAAAAAUUUAAUAAAGAUUAAAAUUGAUAAAUUAAAUAUGAAUUUCAAUUAUUAUAAAGAAAUAUUUUUAAAUUAUAAAUUACACAUAAGUUAUUUUAAUUUAAUAAAAUCAUUUAUUGGUUCAUUAUUAAAAUUAUUACCAAUUAAUACUGAUUUGAUUUAUAAAUUAAAUGUUGAUAUAUCUGAUGAACCUAUGGAAUAUAUAUCACAAAUACUUUCAUUACAAAAAAAUUUGGAUAUAAUGGAAGAAAAUAAAUUUCUAAUGAAAUUAGCAGAUUUUAUAACAUAUACAAUUGAUAAUUUUAUAAUAAGUGAAAUGAAUUUAUUGAAUAUGAUUGUAAGAAAUUCAAAUGAAAGAGUAAUAAAGAUUUUAUAUUUUUUAAUGCAUUUUCGUUCAAUAGAUUUUAAUUUAAAAUAUACAAACAAUUCUAUUGAAAAUAUAUUAAAAUAUUAUAAUAAUAAUCAAUUGGAUAUUAAUUGGGAUAAUUUAACAUUUAAUUAUUAUACAACUUCUAGAUUAAUUGAAGAAGGACUUUUUAAUAUUAAAUUAAUUAACACAGAGUAUUUUAUUUUCCAUUACGGUGCUUGCUCCAGCAGCUCCAGCAGCUCCAGUAGUACCAGCCCCGAAGGGGCUUCUAUAGCUAUAUAG